AUGUCAUUUGAGGUACCAGCAAUUCCCCGUCGGGUGAAGGUCUACGAGCUUUUAAACGAGAGCUGGCAUGAUCGCGGCACCGGAUUCUGCGUAGGCGACAUCAUCUCUGAUGACGCAUACAUUCUCGUCAAGGGCGAAGAUGACGAGGAAAAAUACCUGCUGGAGACCAAAAUAUUCAAAGACGUGCAAUAUCAAAAACAACAGGACACUUUGAUCGUCUGGACUGAUCCGGAUGAAACCGAUCUAGCACUCAGCUUCCAAGAAAGCGAUGGCUGUACAGCUGUCUGGGAAUUUAUAACUGACGUCCAACGGAAUCUUGGGCUGGACGAUAUUGCAUCGGAUGACAUAAAUGACAAUUUUGGCUCAGGGUCAAUAGCACUUCCAGCUGAGCCAACCCUCACGAAUCUGAGCGAAGUGGAAAAAUGCCUGACAAUCGCUUCUCACUGCCAAUAUGGACGUGGGCCAGUUCUCAGAGAUCUUAUCGAAUAUGAUUAUAUCGGAAAAUUGGUUCCUUUACUAGCGAUGGCUGAGGAUCUGGAGAGCAUAACAGAUCUUCACGCUCUAUGCCGUAUUAUGAAAUUGAUCAUUCUGAUGAAUGACAACACAAUUAUGGAACAGAUUGUCCUAGAGGAAUAUAUAGUCGGUGUGGUCGGAAUUCUAGAAUACGAUCCUGAAUUUCCUUCCUUCAAGGCCAACCAUCGCGACUAUAUCUCUGACGAGUCGAGGUUCAAAGAGGUCGUUCCCAUAUCCGAUGAAGAGGUGCGGAAUAAAAUCAAGUACACCUUUCGAUUGCAAUACUUGAAGGAUGUCGUGCUUGCUCGGUUAUUAGAUGAUCCCACUUUCUCUAUGCUCAGUUCGAUGAUCUUCUUUCACCAAGUUGCCAUUCUCAACAACUUACAGCACAAUGAGGAGUUCAUCAAUGCGCUAUUCAAUAUUUUUGACGACGACCUGAAUAAUGCAUCACAAAUAUCGGGUAACUCGCAGACUCCCGUAAUCGAAGCACCAUUUAUUCACCAAUUUUGCCUAACCGCGAAAAAUCUGCAGGCUAGCCAAAGGGCCUCGCUUUAUUCGAAUUUUAUCAAAAAGCGCCUGUUUGCCGUCAUAGAUUUUGCCCUUCGCGAUAGCUCGCCCAGUAUUCGAAGUUCCGGGACUGAGUUGAUUCUUGCUCUCAUCGACCAUGAUCCCUCUCUAGUUCGCAAUGUUGUUUUGGAGAAUGAUAACCAAAAACAAACUGCAAUUGUCGACACUCUAAUCGAUAUUCUGCUAUCUGAACCUGACUUUGGGAUUACUUCUCAGGUUGCUGAAGCUCUCCAGAUACUUCUAGAUCCUACAUCUGGCCAGCCUUAUGACGUGUUUCGGAAGACUAGCGAUUUUAUGGUCCGUCAGAGAGCGGAUGAUCCGGAGAUAGAGAUGUUCUUGGACUCAUUUUAUGGGCCACCAGUUGAGCGUUUAUUCCGGAAACUCUCUGAUCUUCAGCCGGAAGAUAUCCCCACCAUAUCGGUUGCUAGGGCGUCAUUUUUUAGCUGUCUUUGCGAAUUAGUUUCUGCGUUUAUCCGUCUACAUGGCUACAGAAGUCGAACGUUUCUGAUAGAAUCUAACGUGCUACUGAAUAUUGGGAAGCUGUUCAGUAGUUCGCACAAAUCCUUGAGAUUGGUUGCUCUUCGGUGCUUUAGGCAAUGUCUCGGGACAAACGAUGAGUUCUAUUUUCGGUUCUUAGUGAAGAACAAACUGUUUGGUCCCGUGGUGGAAUUGUUGGCAGACCUCGGCGAUAAAAACAAUCUCUUGAGCUCAGCUUGUCUGGAGUUUUUUGAGUUCAUUAGAUCGGUAAGGAUAUCAUCACUUCUCACGGUACAUCCAUCACCUUGCUGA